CGCUGGGUUUCGUUUCCGCGGCGCGCAGGCUGGGGACGGUCGCUCGCGCGUCGUUCUCACCGCUGCCGGUGCGCGUCCCGUCGGGGCCCCGCGAGCGCCAUGGCCGAGCUCUGCCCGCUGGCCGAGGAGCUGCUGUGCUGCAUCUGCCUGGAGCUUUUCAAGGAGCCAGUCAGCACCCCGUGCGGCCACAACUUCUGCAAGUCGUGCCUGGAGGAGACGUGGGCCUUCCAGGGCGCGCCCUACCCGUGUCCCCAGUGCCGCACCAUCUACGCCGAGCGCCCGCAACUGAACAAGAACACCGUGCUGUGCGCCGUGGUGGGCCAGUUCCUGCAGGCCGAGCAGGCGUCCGCGGAGGACUGGACGCCGCCCGCCCGCUCCCCGGCCCCGGGCCCGGCCGUGCAGGUGUCCUGCGACCACUGCCUGCGGGAGCCGGCCGUGAAGACCUGCCUCGUGUGCAUGGCCUCCUUCUGCCAGGAGCACCUGCGGCCGCACCUCGACAGCCCCGCCUUCCAGGACCACCCGCUGCAGGCGCCGGUCGGGGACCUGCGGCGCCGCAAAUGUCCCCAGCACAACCGUCUUCGGGAACUCUUUUGUCCCGAGCACGGCGAGUGCAUCUGCCACAUCUGCCUGGUGGAGCACAAGGUCUGCUCGCCCGUGCCCCUGAGCCAGGCCAGCGUCGACCUGGAGAACAAGCUGAGGCAGAAGCUAAGCCUCAUGUACGGUCAAAUCAACGGGGCAUCCCGAGCGCUGGAGGACGUGCGGGCCAGGAAGCAGGCCAUGCAGGAUGCUGCAGGCAAGAAGAUCGACCAGCUGAAACAGGAAUAUAAGGAAAUGAAGGCACUCAUUGACUCCUCUGAGGCCAGCGCAACACGAAAGAUAAAGGAAGAGGAGAAGAGGGUCAGCACCAAGUUCGACACCAUUUACCAGAUUCUCCUCAAGAAGAGGAAUGAGAUCCAGACCCUGAAGGAGGAUAUCGAGCUCAACCUGGCCAAGGGGGACGAGUUUGAGUUUCUGGAGAAAGCGUCAAAAUUGCAAGGGAUCACCACGAAGCCAGUCUACGUCCCCAAGGUGGAGCUGGAUCAGGAGCUGCUAAGGGGCGUCUACCAGGGCACCUUGGACCUCAAGAGUGAGCUGAAGCGGGCCCUGCAGCAGCUCCAGGAGAAAAAGUCCGAGGAGCCCAGCAGCUCAGGUGAUGCUGGAGACUCCUGCUCCGACUCCAGCCACAAAGGCCCACGGCCUGCGAAGAAGGCCCCGCAAGAAAAGAAGCCCAAGAAGAUUCCUACUGCCACGACCCCUGUAUCACCCAAGACCCUUGUCUUCGGUGCCCCCGGACAGGCAGUGGACAUGAAAGCGACUGUCCCGGAUGCAGCCAAAGCCAUGGACUUUCAGUCUCUCAAGGCCAAAGUGCUCGAGAACUUCUUAGUCAAGUCCAGAUCCGAGCUCUUGGAAUAUUCCGUGAAAGUCAUCCUGGACUACAACACGGCCCACAACAAGGUGUCUCUGUCCGACAACUACACAGUGGCCUCCGUGGCCGACGUGCCACAGUACUUCCGGCCGCACCCACAGCGCUUCACGCACUGCUCGCAGGUGCUGGGCCUGCACUCCUACAAGAAGGGCAUCCACUACUGGGAGGUAGAGCUGCAGAAGGGCAACUUCUGUGGGGUGGGCGUGUGCUACAGCAGUAUGGAGCGCCAGGGCCCUGAGAGCCGCCUGGGCCGCAAUGCCGUGUCCUGGUGCGUGGAGUGGUUCAACAACAAGAUCUCCGUGUGGCACAGCAACGUGGAGAAGACGCUGCCCCCGACCAAGGCCACGCGGGUGGGCGUGCUCCUCAACUGUGACCACGGCUUCCUCAUUUUCUUCGCUGUGGUGGCUGACAAGGUCCACCUGCUGUAUAAGUUCAAGGGGGUGAACUUUACCGAUGCCCUGCACCCGGCCUUCUGGAUGUUCUCAGCGGGGGCCAGGCUGUCCAUCUGCCCGCUCAAGUAGCAGGCCGCUGGGCUGGCACCGAUUCGCGGGUGACCAGCUGUGGGGGCAUCUGAGACCCGGGGGGUAGGGCCAGGUGCGACUGCCCUGGGGCGCGUCCCUAGGUCCCCCAGUGGAGAGUGGGGAGAGGGGCCAGGAAGUGUUGUCCCUCGUCUGCUGCCCCCACCAGGUGACUUCUGCCCUCCUCCUCACUCUCCUGGGAAAUCUCCAGGUGCUGGGCAGAAGGGCAGGGCUUGGGGUGUAAAGCCAUUAGUGCGCUUUUCCUCUGGUAGAAAGAAGAUCGAUACCUGGGUCAGGUCCUUUCUCAGGCUACAGGUAUCUGCCCUUCAGCUCUCUGGGGCUCCUUUCCGACCUUGGUGUUUGAUUGUUCUCUAGAUUGUUAAAGUUCGAGAAUCAUUGGAUUUUCUUUUCCUUUCUUUUUUUUUUUUGAGCAGAGUCUCAUUUUGUAGUUCAGGCUGGCCUUGAAUUUGAGGUGAUCCUCCUGCCUCAGCCUCCCGAAUGCUGGGAUUAUAGGCAUACUCUGCCAUGCCUGGCAGAAUCAUUGAAUUUCAGUGUAUAUUUUAUCUUUAGUGGUGCUGGGGAUCAAAUCCAGAGCCUCGUGCCUGUGAAACUCCUCCCCUACCACUGAGCUGUGCCACCAGGCCGAGUUUCAGCGGUCUGCAGACCCCUCCCCGCUGCUCCCCUCCUGUUGGGGCUCCAGUGCGUGGCUAUUCUCUGUGCUUGAGGGGAGCCGUGGAUAGCGAGUGUCCACCUGGACCCGUCUUCCAAAGAGGCGUGUCCUCUUCCUCCGCUGGAAAAUAGCUCUCUUCCCUUCUGAGCUGUCUCCUCCCUCUGACACCACGCUGAUGAUUUCAAGAUGUUCAGGGGAACCUUUGUAGUUCAGGCUCCAUGACCUGAAUUGGGCAGUGUGGGCUUUGUGUUAUGUCCAGGCCACCCCGGUUCAGUUUGCAUGGAACUUUCUGCCUCUCCGAAGGGCUACGAGAGGCAUCUUGCCAAAGAUGUACCUGCUGCCACACAGACCUUGGCUCCUUACCUCCCAUCGCCAAGGCCCUGGGGCCAGAGCCCCGGCCCAGAGCAUCUUGGCUUGGUCACCUUCCUCCCGGGUGGUCACAUCGGACUGACUGCUGUCCAUGCCUCCAUGGCUGACAUAGUCAAGCAGCCAGCUGUACCAGUUAUCCUGAGCGUGCUGUCACGCAGCCGGGCCAUGUGCGGCUGCCGCUGACACCAUCGGGUGACUGUCUAUGACCCGAAGGGCCUCCUAGGUAGCCCGGUGGGAGACGGCAAUAUUUCUGUUGAUCCCUGGCCACAGGCUGAAGACGUGGCACUGACACCCUUGGGAGUGCGAGGCCUGUCGCUGGCCCUGGCCCCUUCCAUGGUCUUCCUCUCUCUAGCCAAUUCUGGAUGCCACACGGACCAGGCUAGAGGGCAGGAAGACUUUUAAGGCUCGGGGAAGGAAUGAUCGAAAGAGGCCCAGACAAAUGGCUAUUAUCCCUGUGGUGUUUCAUGCAGUGAAAAUGAGCCGGGCCACUAAGGGAUAGGAGGGGAUGGGUUGGAAGAAUUUCCCCGCACCCCUUAUAACCUAAUGUCAGGAUGUAAAGUUCCCACCCCCAAAAUGUGAAGAACUUCACUUCUUGUGACAUGAGUUCAGCUCUGGGUUUUCUGGAGCAUCUUAGGGUAUGAGAAGAGGUCACCGUUGGGAAAUGAGGGACCCCAGGCUUUCUCAUGUGGCCACUGAGAAUGAAACACAACUCGGCCUGGUGCUGGAAUGCCAGGGCUCUGAGCCCUUGGUAUUCCUGACGGAUGUGUGACCUGCGUCCUCUCCCAGGAAGAAUUUUCAGUUCCUUGGGAGAGGAAGAAUCUUUGUAGGGAAGAUGUCCCUGCCAUAACUGAUCGGUUUUCUUCCUUUGCUCUGAGGAAAAAAAGUUCUCUGGUGAUGGAUGCUUGUCUGGUCUUGAAGAUGUCCAGAAGCAUCUUCAUGGAUCUUGUGAGACAGAAGCCUUGUCUGAAGCCAAGUCACACUCGGGAGAUAGCUGGGCUCAGGGGAGAAGGAUGCCAGAGGUAUCCCAGGGUCCCGCUAGGGCUGUCUUCAGCUGGAUGGGGACAACAGAGAGGGCUCUUCACUGGCAGAUGUGAAGCUCAGGACAGAGGAGCCUGUGGCUCUGUAUUGGGGAGAAAAUCGAGUCACCAAAGCCAAGCCCUGUGCGAGGAGCUUUGCAGUUGCAGGCUGAGGUGCACACCCCGCUGCCUCUGCAGUGGUGAGGCCUCUCAUGGUCCAGCUUUGCCGGCCCAGUUAGAGGAGGGCCCUGGGUGGCAGGAGCCUUUGUAUCCACGAAGCUUCUCAUUUUGGAGACUCAGCCAGGAGAGAAGGUAAGGGAUGGCUCUUUCCCCACUCUCCCCAUUGCAUUGUGGAGAUGCCUCGUACUGGGAGAGCAGAAAAUCCCCAGUAUCCUGCAGAAGUAUCUGAAAUCCCCAGAAGCACUAACAUAAAACCCCCUCCUGGGUGCAGGUUCCGGCACUGCCUCAGGCACUCUGGCAUGACAAACGAAAAGCCUCGUAGUAUUCAAGACUGACUGGCCAACUGUGCCUGUUGUAUUUACUCUGACUAAUAUUGAUAUGUAAUCUUUUUACCUUAUUCCCCCACCCACUAGUGGUUUUAGUUAAUCUAGAAUAUUUGAAGUAUUAUGUCUUGAGCUUAUUAUUAUUGUUUUCCUUAGGAAUUGAUUCUUUCAGGAGAUAAUCAUGGCUAUAACCAGGGCAAGGCUGGCUAUUGUGGCUCAGGAACUUUGAAGUGCUGUCGGAUGUUCUCUCUGGAAUUGUGAUGUAGUGGGCAGGGCUCCUGGACCUGGCGGAUGAGGCAUCCGGCUCUGAGGGCUGCUGCUCAGGAGCCUCUGGCUGCCUGCGCCUGGGCGGGGGCCUGGUGGCCUGCUGUGUGGGAAGCUGUGGAUGAAGAGCUCUCAGACUGAUAGGACUUCUGGGCUUGACUGCAGGUCAGUGCCUGGGGAGGAUUAGGGAGCGAAGAAACCACAGGAAGAUGACCAGUCAACAGCAGUGGGAAUGGAGGGCUCACUAUUCUUACUACUGUUGGAUAGGCUUGAACAUUUCUCUGCUAAGAAGUGAAACAAGAGCCCAGCAGCAGGCCCUGUUCAGGGGGUCUUAUCUUUGUUUGGAUGGGAGUAGGAGUUGUAGGAGAUGCGAGAUCAAGGUUGCUGUCUAUCAGGUAGCUGCUUCUGUCCCUGGUUCCUGGACAGAGUGGCUCUGAGUCCUUGCUCUCAGAAUUCCCAGAGUGAUAGGUGUCUCUGUUAUCCAUGAGUCCUCCACGCAUCUGAAUGUGUGGCAGCAGAUGGGAUGGCCCAGGACGGGGCUGCUCAGGAGGACAGGGUGUGGCUGAGGGUUGGGGCUCUGAGCCAUCCUGAGCUCUGGGACGGAGGGCCCUGGGGAUGGCCCCCCUGCACCCGGCCAGUCCCUCAGCCCGUCCAUGUAGCCAGUCCUGCCAACAACAUGAAACUGUGAUCCGGUGGUGCACGGAGAGGCUCCAAGGGGUUCCUGGUUGGUGACCUCAGCUGGGCCAGGAGGGGGAUCGCAGGCUCCAUGGGUACAGGGCAAGAAGCUCUGUUUAAAGCCCUCCCAGACCUUGCCCUGUAUGUCCCUUUCUUUGGCCGGCUCUGAUUUGUAUCCUUUAUAAUAAAAUUACAAUUUGAAAAGUGA